GUUUUACUUUACAUAAACAAAUUUUGUAUGGUGCGGUGUUACUUAGUGAUUUGAUUUUGAAAUAUUUGGAAGAAUAAAUAUAGUGUUGAAUUAUGCCAAUUGAGUGCCAAGGAUCAUUUUGAGUUUUGUUACCUAUUGUUGGAUUUUUUGAUACAUUUUCACUUACCAUGAUGAAGUCACAGUCUACUAAACCUUACGUCAAAAUAAUUGAACAACCAGCACCAGAUCGUGCCCGUUUUCGUUACCAAUCUGAAACUUUCAGCACACUAAUGGGAGUUUCGUCAACAAAGAAGCAAAAGACCUACCCAACCAUCCAGAUAUUCGGCUACAAAAAAAAAGCAGUAGUUUUAGUGUCUUGCGUUACCAAAGACAAACCAUACAGGCCACAUCCUUUUAUCAUGGACGGCAAAGAAGGUUGCAAAAGCGGAGUCUACACCAGGACCAUUCCCGAGGGUUUUGAAAAAAUAGAGUUUUCGAAUAUCGGCAUCAAAUGUGUAAGGAAAAAAGACGUUGGCGAUUCGCUGAAAGAAAGACGAAAGAUCAACGUAGAUCCAUUCAACACCGGUAUAGACCUGAAUGCAGCAAAUUAUGACUUAGGAUCCGUGCGUUUGUGCUUCCAAGUCUUCAUCAAGGGUGAAGAUGGUAAAUGUAGGGUGCCUCUAGAUCCUGUGGUGAGCGAACCAAUCUACGACAGAAAGCAUUUACCAAAUCUAGUCAUCACCAGGAUAUCCACUUGUAUUUGCGCAGUGGACGAAGAACCCGAAAUUAUAAUACUAUGUGGAAAGAUAUUCGAAGACGAUAUUCAGGUGCGGUUUUACAAAGAACAGCUAGGUGUUUUAACUUGGGAGGAAUAUGGAUCGCCUUCGGAAGUUCACAGAAAUGUCGCUCUUGCUGUGAAGGUUCCGAAAUAUUGCAAUUUGGAAAUAGAGACCGAAGUUGAAGUAAUGGUCCAGUUGAAGAGACCUUCCGACAAUGCUUUCAGUGCUGCAAUUCCGUUCCAGUACUUGCCUGCCAAUGAAAUGGGAAGAAAAAGAAAAAAACCGAGAUUUGAAAAUCUCAUUGACAUGAGACGUUAUUUCGAAAUUUGCGGUCAAAAUCCAUUUCCGAGUAAUAUGAGGUUUGAAAAAAAAGUUGCAAUCCGUCGUCUUCCCCCUAAAACGCCAAAUGUAUUACCUCCUGAUGAAGCAUCGACUACAUGUCAACCAAACCUACCGUCCACAAGUGGCUUAACCUACCAGAUGAAUAUUCCAAAUAUACCUGAAACUGUUCAACCAGGACCUAAUAGAACCUAUUUUCAAAAUAUAACACCAAUGUACCAUCCCAUGGGCAAUACCAACAAUACAAAUUACCAACAUUAUCAAAACACAAUGAGCCAACCAGCAACUAAUUGGGGUUUUAUGUACAACAAUUUACCUUUGAAUGAUAUUUCAAAUGGAUACAAUCAGCGUUCAGAACUAGAUUUCGAUUAUGAUUGGUCAAGGCUAGCAAACGAUACCAUAAAUAAUAUUUUUCAAAUAUAAUUGGCGUUUUUUUGCCAAUAUGAAGAUUCGAAUCCUAAAAACAUAAAAAAUUAUUACCUUUUAUUUCAAGCUUUGUUACUUCUAUCGAACUUAUGAUAUAUCAUCCAUUAUAUUCAAAUCCAAUGAAAAACGAUCAUAUGUACACUGAUAAAAAGAAUUGUAAAUAAUGUACAUUACAUAAUAUAUUUAUAAAUAUAAAUAAUUUUUUUACUGAUAUAAUAAAAACUAUUCACAGCU